CUCUCUCGAUGCGAUUACAAUUAAACUCAUAGCUCCUGGAGCGCGUGUGCGCGUGAUAGUGAUUGUUCGCCAUGGCUCCUGGCCCGUCGCUGACGUUGCGCAAAGGCCGACAGUUUCGGUCGUUGGCGAGCCGAAGGCCGGACGGGGAGUGCCGUGCUGGACCAAGGAUCCGGACUACUGGACGACCUGCCGGAUCGCCCAGCGAUGUGCCGCCGCUGCGCUGGCCCGUGUGGUGUGGCAACUCUUGGCAGAGCCGCAAGACGAGGGCGCUUGACGGUGCCGCAGCGCCUGCACCACCCCGCGGACCCGCCGCAUGGUGUAAGAAGUGCAUCGCUUGAAGGAAAGGAGAGCCCGCCACGGUCUACAGGGCUGCGCUGUCGUCUUCCUCAUCCUCAAGCAGCAACACGAAUAGCGAUCCUUCGAGCAGACCGCCAGCCACUGGCGCGGCUAGUAAGUUCCUCCGCCCACCGUUCGGAUUUACCGCCUCAGCCGGCCAGUGAUUGGCGCCCGCUGCGCGGCGUGGCGACCCCGACGGCAUUGGGCGGCGAGCCGUUCGCCGCCCCGUGCGCAAGAUCGCGAAGCGCUGCCCCCCGCAAGGGGGGUGGUGGGGACGCGGCGCGAGCCAGGCGCGCGCCGUCUGUGGUUCGCCCUCGUGCCGUUGGGCUGUGUGCCCCGCGCCCUCGGCCCGCCUUUCUAGCCGCCCGUCGUGGGGCAGUGGCGCCGGCCGGCGAUCCCAUGCGGAGCAGGGCUGUCCAAGUAGCCUCCCCGAUGCCGAUCGUCGUUGGCAGCUUCCACCCCGCCGCCCCGGUGCUGGAUUCGAUUUAUGGCAUUUAUGGGCGCUGGCGCCUUGCGCCAAUUGUUGGAAGGAUGGAGGUGGAGUGCGCGUUGCCCCGGCGUCGUCAGCGAUCUGGCGCAACGCCCGCACUGCUGCGAGUGCUUCGCCGGGGCGCAUGCCGGCAACGAAAGAGAUUUUGAAGUAU